CACCACCAUGGCCGCACGGAGAUCACAAGCAGCCUCGCUCGCCUCGCGCCAGUCGUACGCGCCCGCAGGUUUCCGCGCCCGCGACUCGCUCUACCCCGUCCCGCAGGGCGACUUUCUCAAAAGCCUCGAAGACUGCGUCGGUGCGACUGAGGCUUGUGUCGGCAGCAUAUCCAAUGCCAUCGACGCCCUCGCGCCUGGAGUGGAGGACCUGCCACGCCUGUCGGCCAUCUACCGCAACAUGCACUACUACGUCGUCGUACCCGAGCCCAAACUCGACCAGCACAAGGCAUCAUACGCCGCCUCGCUUUCACCACAAAUCGACCAGCUCAUCGAGCGUGCCGAGCAGCUCGUCGCGGCGGAAGGUGCCGGCGUAGGCAGGCUAGAGGAGCGGCUGGCGAUGCUCGAGACGGCGCGCCUCCCUGCCUUCCCCGCUGCCCCGGCCCGGCCGAGCGCGUUUGCCGACCUCGACGACAAGAACGAAGGGGAUACUCGCUGCCGCCUGGACGGCGUGGACACCAAGGGCGCGUCCAUGGCCCAGGCGCGCAAGAUUGGCCUGUUGAAGAAGAAGCGCGAGAAGCUCGAGCUUGAGAUGGCGCGGUUGCAGGAGCAGGGAGCGUGAGAGUAUAGAGCCUUGUGUGUAUAGUACGACU